GUCUGUCGGAAUGGUUGGUGGUUUUGCUUGAGCCGAUGCUGAAGCAUUAUUUCACGAUCGCCACGAACUCCGAUGAAGUGCAAGCCCAAUUACGAUCCUGGAGCGAUGAGUGGCGUAGUCACAGCGGUUUCCGCCCGUGGCCAACUCUGCAGUUUGCAACUUUGGACAUCGAAUCCCUGUAUCCAAGUAUUGAUCUUACCCAUUUGCGCCAAGUCAUCAAGAGUCAGAUUUUCAAGUACUACGAUGGCGACAAGGCUUGUCAAGUUUCUGCGCUGCUGGAUUUGGUUUUGCGUAUUAAUGACAUUGCUUUCGAAGGCGAGAUCUAUCGGAUUUGCAAAGGCCUACCAACAGGCUCUCCGGUCUCCGUGGUUUUAGCCAACCUGUAUUUGGUUGAACUCGAUGCUACACUACGUGGGACUCCGGGUCUUUGCUUCUACAAAAGGUAUAUCGAUGAUUUGCUGUUGCUGCUUAGCAAAGAUUGUAUUGUGGACGUCAUUGCUCGACUGCACAGUUUCCACCCGAAUAUUCGUGUACAGUUGUCUGCGCAAGGCACUCAGCAUGUUCCUUUCUUGGAUCUGCAGCUAAGCAUUGACGAUGAGGCCAACAUCAGCCACGAGUUAUUCAUCAAACCUCAAAAUCUUUUCCACUAU